AUGUCUGCCUCUGCGUCUCAAUCCCACGUUGUCUCGAAGGAAGCUAUCAGCGUUGUUGAAAGUUUCGAGAAGGCCGCACAGUUGGACGUGUCCUCCAUCACCACCGAAGCCCAGGUCGACAAGAGCUCGCCAUCUUUGCUGCAACAGGUACUUGCGUACAGUCUCAGGAGUGGAAGCCAGUAUGUCUGCGUGGGAAAUCAGUCCGAAUGGCAACUCAUAUCCUUUGACCGACCUGAGGUUCCAGCUGAGGCCGAUCACUACAAAACUUCCGAUUAUAUGCAGAUAAGCCUCAUCAAGAACAUGGAGAAUCUGCUUCCUGCCGUUAUCGGAUUCCUUGGAGAUGCUCAGCAGAUGGAGACAACUCAGAUCACUUCUGCCUCUUCCAAGCUCUGA